GCUAAUUUUAUAAUAUAAACGAGUUAAUACUAUAUAUACCCGUAUACACUUCAAACAGAAACAAGGGAAGAAUUUUCUUUGAUUUCAUAAGCCAUCUAUUUUGGAGCAUAUUCGAUUUCAUCGUUCUUCCUUGGUGGUGAAAAGAAAAAAGGGUUUCUUUUGUUUGUUUUUUUUCUCUAAAGAUGCCGGAGAAAGGAGGGAGCUUUGUUCCAGUUCAUCAAUGGCGUCUUGGUUUGUUAACAGCUUUGGUUCUGGUUGGUAUGGUGGUGGUUUGGAGCAUAGAUGGCUGCACCAUCAAAACCUUCGUCCAAUCGUGGCAGUUUAAACAAGAUUACAUCACCUUGAAAGUUAACUCCUUUGCUAAUAUCAAUCAAACCCACCAAAAUUUUUCACAUUCUCUUCGAAAUAUUACCUUAAAUCCAACUUUAAACACCACCCAUUUCCCCUUUUUGAAUGUUAAUUCUUCCCUUGAAACCAAAAAAUCAAGCUUGAACUGGGUUUCAGCUGAGCUUGAGAACAACUUCACUGCAAAUCUGUUGAGUAGGUGGCUGGCUGAAGGAGGGGAGCCAUGUAAGGACUCUAAAACAGUGGAAAUCAAGAUUCCUGGCUUGGAUAAGGAUGAUUUAGUGGAGUUAUCAGCUGGUGAAAUCCAUUAUUUCAUGUUUCAAGCAGUGGAUGAAUCUGGGAAUGGUCGUUGUUUAGGUGGGGAUUACUUUGAAUUUGAUCUUUCAGGAGAUUCAUGGAAAUCAAGGCCUUUGGUGAAAGAUUUUGGGAAUGGUACUUACUCAGUUUCACUUCAAGUUCAUCCUGAUUUUGCCGGUGACUAUAAUCUCACUAUUAUUUUGCUUUUUAGACAUUUCCAAGGUCUUAAAUUUUCACCUGCAAGAUUUGCAUAUGAUAAACAAUUGCGCCAUAUGAAGAUUAGGUUCUUUAGGACUAAAACUCAAUUGCCUGAGUUGCAAAUUUGUCAAAAAUCUGAUUUCAAUAGAGAUGUUUGGUCUGGUAGAUGGACUAGACAUGGUAAGAAUGAUGGUUGUCGGAUUAGUAACGACGGUCGGUAUCGAUGCCUGGCACCGGAUUUUCCAUGUCGGAAUCCGUGGUGCAAUGGUUCCUUAGGGGUUUUAGAGAGUAAUGGAUGGGUGUAUUCGAGCCAUUGUUCGUUCCGGUUGUUUACGGUUGAUUCCGGUUGGGAUUGUUUGAAGAAUAGGUGGAUUUUCUUCUGGGGUGAUUCCAAUCAUGUGGAUACCAUUAGGAAUAUGCUUAAUUUUGUGUUAGGGUUGCCCGAGAUCAAAUCGGUACCGAGAAGGUUUGAUAUGAACUUUUCGAACCCGAAAGAUCGGUCUCAGAUGGUUCGGAUCACUAGCAUUUUCAAUGGUCAUUGGAAUGGAACACAGAAUUAUUUAGGUUUGGAUUCUUUGAAAGAUGAAGGGUUCCGGAAUUUAUUAAAGAAGUACUUCUCGGAGGAUUCAGUCCCGGAUACUAUCAUCAUGAACUCUGGCUUGCAUGAUGGUGUUCACUGGUCGAAUAUUCGAGCAUUUUCUCGUGGGGCAGAGUAUGCAGCAUCAUUCUGGAAAGACAUUAUGGAAUCGGUGAGGCGGAGAGGGUUAGUAGUGCCACCAAUCAUUUUCCGGUCCACGAUCGCAACCGGUGGGUAUGCGAGAUUACUGGCAUUUAAUCCUAAUAAGAUGGAGGCAUUCAAUGGAGUAUUUUUAGAGAAAUUGAGACGAGCCGGGCUGGUUUCUAGUGUCAUCGAUAACUUCGAUAUGACAUUUUCAUGGCAUUUCGAUAACAGGUGCAAUGAUGGUGUUCAUUAUGGGAGGGCUCCCCUAAAGAUGAAGUGGAGAGAUGGUGAGAUUGGCCACCAGUACUUCGUCGAUCUCAUGUUAUGUCAUGUGCUGCUUAAUGUUCUAUGUGCAAGAUAGUAGUACAAGUGCUCGGAGUUUUUCCGAGUACAAAGCGGCAUCUAUGACACCAUUGAGUCAUUAGAAAUUGCGGGAUGCCCUUGGGAGGCAAAUUUAUGGGUUAUUUGAGUAGAGUCAGGCAUUCGUUAUUUGUUUAUUGAUUUAAAGACCAUAUAUAGUCGCUUCACUUGUAGAUCAUUUGAAGCCCUCGAGUUUGAAGGGCCGAUUUUCACAUAUCGAUUAUCGUAUAGUAUUACAUUCGUUGCUCGUGUUCAGUUCACUUGUAGACCAUUAAAGCCCUCGAGUUUGAAGGGUCGAUUUUCAUACAUUGACUAUCAUAUGGAAUUGCAGUCA